UGCCGUUGAGAGCAAUUAAAUGGAUUGAUUUAGCUGACGAGCAAUAUGAAAAUACAAUUGCCAAACUAUCGUGUGAAACAUGGGGGACAAAGAGCAUCAUGUGCACUUUAGUGGCGGGAGUGGGCUUGGAAAAGAUAACAACAUUAUGAUACAACCGCAACGGCAUGGUCAUAUAGACGCUCACUUGGGAUUCUUGCAACUGCAUCACAGAUAUCAUGUAGAAUUUUCAGUACCAUGGAACACGUGUAUUCAUCUGGAGGGAAAGACGGUAGUGCCUACGAUAAUUGCAGAAAAUCAAAAUGCCAAUUGUCACGUUGUUGACUUUGGGCAAGAAAAAGAUGGCUUGAGGUUAAAGGUGGAGCUGUUAGCUUACAAAGAGAAAAUACUAAAGGAGGAUAUUGAAGUAAUGUGUUGCCGAUCUGGUACGCCUUUGAAGAUUGUGUUGAAUGCACGUGUCUUGGCAAAGGAUAAGGGUACGCCAUUGUUGAGAAAUGGCAUACGUAGCAUUGCCAUAGAAGGGACGGACGAAGACGAGGUCUCUGAAUAGAUAUGUCUAUUGAUUUAUCUCUUGAUAUCUGAGUAUUAAGCUGCUGAGCGUGCUAAGUAGAACCAGGGAGCCAGUGGUCGAAAGAAUUGAACAAACGCGUCAGCAUCACCGAAGCAUUCCAAGAUGGAGCAGGCGGAGCGAAACGUGAAUGGCCAAUGGUUUUGGAUCGCUGCGCGAGAUAACUUGCCUACUGUUUGCGGUCUUAAGGCUAUAUCACACGCGAGAUGCCUAAAAGUGCACACCACUUAUCGUUUGUUGAUUAUGGUACAUGCAGAUUAUAAUGAGCGACUAAUAUUUUGUUAUAUCCUUUUAUAUCGAUUGUCAAUUUUUCAACGAAGCUUCGCUUUCGCGCUAGAUGAACACGUUUACAAAAGUAUUAAGACACUUCUCAAUCGUUCGUCGGAGAAUCAAAAGAUGAGU